AUGUUUUCCAUUGCUGCUAAACAGGUGCAUCGCCAGCAGCUUCUGCAGCCACGCCUGGCACUCCCGGCCGGUCGCACCGUCUCUUUUGAAGAGGGACGCCGUCUCGCCAUGCUCGUGCACGACGAAGAGAAUCGGCUGCAGUCGGAGGUGACGCACCUGCUGGAGGUGAAGGAGGCGAGCCCUGUCGUUCUGGCGGAGAGCGUCUCGAAACGCAUUUUGCUGCUCCGCCAGAAGCAGAAUGGCAGAGCAAACGUAAAGGCGGCAGUUGCGUACGCGAACCGACUGCACCGUAAGUCUGCCGUCCAACCAGAAGAUGCGGCAAAGAUGCGCGAGGCAGCCUCACGCGUGCUGCGCCCCUCUUCCAGCCUUGGCAGUACCGGCCUUAAGCAGCGGCGCCAACGGACAGAGCCGACAAAGAAGCAGCGGCGUUCUAAGCGAGGAGGGAAGAGACAGUAG